AUGUUUGUCAAGACUCUUCUUCUUGCGCUAUUUUUUCCUUGUCUUAUCUCAACAGAACCUAUUGAAUUAACAGAUCAAACAUGGAAAAAAAUGUUAGAUGGUCAAUGGAUGGUCGAAUUUUAUGCACCAUGGUGUUCAGCUUGUCAAAAAUUUAAACCAAUAUGGAAUGAUUUUUCUAAAGCUAUGUCAUCUAGACAUGUUAAAGUAGCUGCUAUAGAUACUGAUAAAUAUCCUUCACUUUCCAAUCGUUUUCGUAUUGCUGGAUUACCUACUAUUUUUUAUGUUCGUAAUGGUGUUUUUCGUCAAUUUGAAGGAGGUGAUCGCUCAUUAAAUUCAUUAAAAAAAUAUAUUACAAAUGAAGAUUGGCUAAAAACAGAACCCAUUCCAUCAUAUAUUGCUCCAGAUAGUAUUAUAAUGUCAUUUGUUAGUUCAAAUUUUAAUAUACAUCAACUUUUUACAGAUGUUUUUACAAUAUUACAAGAUGAAUAUAAAUUCCCAGCAUGGACGGUUUAUAUUAUUAUUGCUAUUGCAUCUAUUCUUGUAGCAUUCACAGCUGCAUAUAGUAUUGCAUCUAUUACACAUACUUUUGUAGAUGGUUUAUUUAAAAUUUAUACAAAAUUUACACGAUCAAAUGAAAAUGAAACUGAAAAAUUAUUGGAACCAACAGAACAAACGACUGCAACAAAUGUAACUACAUCAGUAGUUGAAGAUCAAAACGGUAUUUUAGAUGAAGAAGUAAAUGUUGAAGAGGAAGAACAAACAGAAAGCAAUUAA